AUGAUAGCAAUCUCUGCCAUCAGCAGUGCACUCCUGCUCUCCCUUCUCUGUGAAGCAAGUGCCGUCAUCUUACUCAAUUCCACUGACUCAUCCCCGCCAACCAAUAAUUUCACUGAUAUUGACGCAGCUCUAAAAGCACAACUAGAUUCUGCGGACAUCCCCAAAGCCAGGCGGAAGCGCUACAUUUCGCAGAAUGACAUGAUCGCCAUUCUUGAUUAUCAUAACCAAGUUCGGGGCAAAGUGUUCCCACCAGCAGCAAACAUGGAAUAUAUGGUCUGGGAUGAAAAUCUUGCAAAAUCUGCAGAGGCUUGGGCAGCAACUUGCAUUUGGGACCAUGGGCCUUCUUACUUAUUGAGAUUUUUGGGUCAAAAUCUAUCUGUACGAACUGGAAGAUAUCGCUCUAUUCUCCAGUUGGUCAAGCCAUGGUAUGAUGAAGUGAAAGAUUAUGCUUUUCCGUAUCCCCAGGAUUGCAAUCCCAGAUGUCCUAUGAGAUGUUUUGGCCCCAUGUGCACACAUUAUACACAGAUGGUUUGGGCCACUUCCAAUCGAAUAGGAUGUGCAAUUCAUACUUGUCAAAACAUGAAUGUUUGGGGAGCUGUAUGGCGCCGUGCAGUUUAUUUGGUAUGCAACUAUGCCCCAAAGGGCAACUGGAUUGGAGAAGCACCAUAUAAAGUAGGGGUGCCAUGUUCAGCUUGCCCUCCCAGUUACGGGGGGUCUUGUACUGACAAUCUUUGUUUUGCAGGAGUAACGUCAAACUACCUAUACUGGUUUAAAUAAGCUUGUCUUUUCCUCCAGGAAAUAUAAUGGUUUCUGGGAAUCAUAGGCAUAUAUAUAUAUUGAGUUUUGCACAUAUUAUACAUAUUUUAUCAUAAUCUUGUUUUCCUCUUAUUAUUCAUUGUAUAAAUUAGUGUUUGUCUAUUAUGUUUGUUUAAUCCUUGGAGGUAAACAAAGCAUCCAUUUCUGUUUUCUGACCUCUAAGCCUAAAUUAAAAUAUUGUGUAUGUAGUAUUGACAUAGUUGAUGCAUCCAAUUCCAAAACUUGUUUUCCAAAGGAAUUAUGUUCUUAAGGAAUAGAAUAUAUAUUUGGCCUAUA